CAUCGGACAAUGGCAGUAUUUGAACAUGUUAUAUAUGCAAAACUUGGUAGAUUCAUCCAGCCUUAAAUGUCCGCGCUCAGGAUGAAUUCAGAACUGAGUGUGGGGCUGAGCCUACCGUCGCGUUAAGAACAGGAAGUGCGCGAGUCGUUAACUCUAAAAAAAAAGUUUCGCUCAGUCUCGCUAGCAUGCUUUUACAGGGUCUGUGGGUUGCUUCCAUCUUGUCACUGAUACUACGACCCUUGUCUUUUUUCAGGGUUUCCUCACAAAUUCUUCCGACUGAGACAGAAAGGAAAGACGCGCGUAUAGUUGUUUCGCAGGCGAUUAAGAGACUGCACGAGGUGUUUCACAUUGGAGACCUGCCACAAAAAUUAAUCCAUCACAGAACACCGCCACAGUUCAUGGUUGACUUGUUCAAUGCUGUGGCGGAUUCAAACGGCAUAACCAGGGAUCCAAAGAUUUUGGAAGGCAAUGUUGUGCGAAGUUUCCAAGACAGAGUCCACUACGAUCGGACAUUUCAUUUCUUCAAUGUGUCGUCAUUUGGGAAAAAUGAAAAGAUGAUCAAAGCUGAGUUCCGAAUGUUUAGGCGCAAACAAACCAUUUUGUCCCGGAAUUUGCUUGGGCAUCAUUUCUACAAACUUGACCUGUACGAGCUGCUGGACAGUCGAGUGAAGCCAUGGAGAGGGAAUUUAAUCACUUCAAGAUUAUUACCCGUGUAUACCCAGGGGUGGGAAGUGUUCAAUGUCACAGAUAUAGUUUCCAAGUGGAUUCAUAACAGUAAUGCGAACAAUGGUAUUCUGGCUGUCACGUCUUUGCCAUCGGGGAAUUUACUGGAAUAUGUGUUACCAGCCCUUAAAAGAAGCAAGCUGGACGAGAAGAAUGCAUAUUUGGUCAUUUUCUCGGACGACGGGCGAAAGAUGUCAAAAACAGACUCAGAGCUUUCCCAAGGAUCGAGAAAGUCGCCUGUCACUGAUGCAGCCGUGACGCUAAUGAAGACCGAAAACCCAGUGCCAAUCACACGAGGGAACAAGAGCAGAAGAACUCGCGCAGCCCCGUAUGACUCCAACAGGCACCCAAUCACGUGCCAGAGGGUUCCUCUUUACGUGGACUUCGAGAAGAUUGGCUGGACCGGAUGGAUAAUCUCGCCACGAGGCUACAAUGCGUACCACUGCAUUGGAUCCUGUCCGUUCCCGCUGGGAGAGAGUUUGAGAGCUACUAACCAUGCCACAGUGCAAUCCAUCGUCAACGCAUUAAAGCUUUCCAAAGAAGUGGAGACGCCCUGUUGCGUACCAGACAAACUUCAGUCCAUCAGUCUGCUGUAUUUUGACGACGAGGAAAAUGUAGUUCUGAAACAGUACGACGACAUGGUGGCACUCAGUUGCGGCUGUCAUUAAUCGCAGAUCAUAAUUUGUGUAAUAUGAACACGUUUACUGAUAUUUUGGAAUGGAAUACUUUGAAUGGACGUAUUUCCCAUAAAACUAUAAUGCACAUCCUAGCAAAAUGAAAUGUAAUAAUGACCAAAUAUUGCACUAUUUUUCCAAAUA